AUGGGGUUCGUCCAUCCGAAGCAGAAGAUCGCAGAGGCUCUUGGGCUGGAGGUGGAUCAGCGCCGCAACAUUCGAGCCGCUUAUGGAGACUACCAGACGUCGGUCGAGGGUGUGUUUGCAGCCGGUGACUGUCGGCGCGGCCAAUCUCUAGUUGUGUGGGCGAUCAACGAGGGUCGUGGUGUGGCGGAUGCAGUUGAGAAGUACUUUUUGCAGGAAGGUCUUCACCCUGAGGUGUCCCAGAGCCAGCGCUUUGGAUGA